AUGCAUAUACAUAGAGGAAGCUCGUCCUACAGUUGGGAUGCAGCAAGAAUAGGGAACACGACGUUCGUGCAAGCAGAUCCAUCAAACUUCAGGGAAGUUGUGCAGAAACUCACCGGAGCACCGAAGAAGAAAGCAGCAGCAGCAAGCUUCAAGCUACAGGAGAGGCGCCACGCCUACGCCGCAAAGAAGCUAGAGCUCACCAUAGGCGGCCUCUCAGAAAGGCCACCUUUCUUCACCGACGCCACUACUCCAUCAUCAUCAUCCGUAUCGUCGGCGUCCCCGGUGUCUCCUCUGCAAAUGGAAAUGGAAGACAGAGUCAUAACUCACAAAGGCUUCUACUUACUGCCUUCUCCUUCUUCUUCUCAUCAUUAUCGUCACACCACUCCUCAGUUACUCUCCCUCUUUCCUUUGCAUAAUAACCAAACCAAUUCUCACUAA